AUGCAACCAACGCCAGGCACUUCGGCUUCUCCGUCCAAAGGAUCCUCUUCUGAAUCUGUAGAUUCGUUCAAAGAAGAGAAUUUCGUGGAAUCUUUACUGACUCAAGUAGACGAAGAAGCCAUAAUGGAGGUUAUCAACAUCCAAAAGAAGUCGUAAGUUGUGUUCUCCAUUUAGAAAGCUAGCAUAACGUUUUUUUAACCUUUAGGUCUUUUUGUGAUAAUAAUAUUGUUUCUUAGUUGAUAAGCUGAUGUUAUAGGUUAGAACGUUUCGAGAAAACCAAUGAAAUGUUGUUGACCUGUCGACAAUUGACGGAGAAAAGGCUGGAAGAUGUAAAGAAGCAGUUUACACAAGCUACACAAACAAUACAACAAGCUAAAACAGAUCUGGAGUCUGUUUUCAGGCGAUUAAAAGUAAUCAAGGCCGUGUUAGCGGAAAAACAUCCAGGAAUAUUCGAAAAACAAGGUAUAGUUGCACUAUUGUGUUAGUUUUCUUUAAAUUUUAGUUCAAGAAGUGGAAAAGAUGUUCCCUCCAGAGCCAGAAGAUUGA